GGGCGUUAGGGGCGGGACCGCGCCUGCGCGAGCCCGGGCGAGGCGGGCUGGAAAAGCUGGCGCUGGAGUGGGAACUGGAGUGAGCCGGCCGGGUGCCCGCGGCUGUGCCCAGCUCCGAGCGCCGGCGACCCCCGGGCUGGGCCCGCGGCGGCGAGGUGUCAGAUCCGCUACAGCCUCGGGGAUCCGCGGCAGAGUGAGCGUGGACACUCCUGCUCCUGUCCCCCAACCCAGCCCUUCUCUGGCAGAGGCGGCAACCUGCAAGGGACUGUGACGAGCACACGUGUGCUUGCGGGGGAACCUCUGGACCAUGCAGUGGUGAGAAUGUUCCGGAAAGGCAAGAAGCGGCACAGCAGCAGCAGCUCCCAGAGCAGCGAAAUCAGCACCAAGAGCAAGUCUGUGGAUUCCAGCCUGGGGGGCCUCUCGCGAUCCAGCACAGUGGCCAGCCUUGACACAGACUCCACGAAGAGCUCAGGACAAAGCAACAAUAAUUUAGACACCUGUGCAGAAUUCCGAAUAAAAUACGUCGGUGCCAUUGAAAAACUGAAAAUCUCCGAGGGGAAAAGUCUUGAGGGACCACUGGAGCUGAUCAACUACAUAGACGUUGCCCAGCAAGAUGGAAAGCUGCCUUUUGUUCCACUGGAGGAAGAAUUUAUUAUGGGAGUUUCCAAGUAUGGCAUCAAAGUGUCCACGUCAGAUCAGUAUGAUGUUCUACACAGGCACGCCCUGUACCUCAUCAUCCGCAUGGUGUGCUAUGACGACGGGCUGGGGGCGGGGAAGAGCCUCCUGGCUCUGAAGACCACCGACGCAAGCAACGAAGAGUACAGCCUGUGGGUGUACCAGUGCAGCAGCCUGGAGCAGGCACAGGCCAUCUGCAAGGUGCUGUCCACCGCUUUCGACUCUGCGCUCACAUCUGAGAAGUCUUGAGUCCUGGCAGCCUGUCGGUGUCUGGCUCGAGUCUGAACCCGGGUGUCUGCAGUGCUGAGCUGUUCCGGGAACAUGAAGUCAUCCUUUGUCCUCACGUCCUGGGGAGAGUGCAGCGCUGACACUAUUAAUUGUUUUUAUAUUAAAAUGCCAUAAUGACUC